AGGUGAAACAGCUGAGAGUCCUGAGAGAGAGGGGUUACCUAGGACCUCACCCCGCUACUUGCUAAAUAUAGGAAUGUACACUGCAGCCGGACAGCCCUCUCUCGCUCCUCCUCCCAGCAGUCUCACCCUGCAUCAGCGCUACUUCUCACUCACUGUCUCUCAGGCUGUCACACGCUGAAGGCUCCUCUCCUGCUCGCCUCUUCUCAGUCCCGUCCCCGGCAGGAUGCAGCAAUGGAAGAAGACAAUCUACAAAUGCUUGUGCAUCUCAUUCUUACUUGUGGUCACACUUGCCAUCUUCCAUAGAGGAACUUCCCCCAGUCUUACUCUUAUCCCAAAAAGUAUGGAUUCUGAAGAGCUAUUGAACACUAGGAACAAAGACACCUUUCCUGCGCCAGAAAGCUUUUGGUUAUCUAACAAAGAGGAACAGGUCACCAUAGAUUCUAUUCCUAAUACUAUUGAAUGGGAUGUAAACUCCAUCAAUUGCACUGCCAACAGGAACCUAACCAAGUUGGACUGGUUCAAGAUGCUGGAACCCAACUUUCAGCAAUUCUUGCUUUUCCGGCACUGUCGGUACUUCCCCAUGAUUAUUAACAACCCGCAGAAGUGCAGUGGAGACAUUGAUCUGCUGAUAGUGGUGAAGUCAAUAAUCACUCAACAUGACCGCAGGGAUGCGAUUCGUAAAACCUGGGGAAAAGAAAAAAAGGUGAAUGGUAAGAAAGUAAGAACACUGUUUCUUCUGGGGACAGCUAUGAAGGAAGAGGAACGAGCCAAUUACCAAAAACUGCUGGAUUUUGAAAACCAGAUAUAUGGAGAUAUUCUACAGUGGGAUUUUCUUGAUUCUUUUUUUAACUUAACUCUUAAGGAAGUUCAUUUUCUGAAGUGGAUGACCAUCUAUUGCCAUAGAGUAGCGUACAUUUUUAAAGGGGAUGAUGAUGUUUAUGUGAACCCUGAAAAUGUUUUGGACUUUCUGGAUGGCAACAAGUCACCUGACCUCUUUGUAGGAGAUGUGCUCUUUAAAGCUCGACCCAUUCGUAAGAAAGACAAUAAGUACUAUAUCCCCAUCUCCUUAUAUAACAAAACCUUAUAUCCUCCAUAUGCAGGUGGUGGUGGGUUCAUUAUGGCUGGAUCUUUGAUCAAAGCAUUAUACAAAGCUUCAGAGACCUUAGAUCUCUAUCCUAUCGAUGACGUUUUCUUAGGUAUGUGCCUCGAAGUUAUCAAGGUCACUCCUAUAAUGCACGAAGGGUUUAAAACCUUCGGAAUUGUAAAGAACAAGAAAAGCAAGAUGAACAAAGAUCCAUGCUUCUUUCGAAGUGUGAUUGUUGUGCACAAACUGCUACCUCCUGAACUGCAGCAAAUGUGGGAACUUGUACAUAGUAACUUAACCUGUUCUCGAAAAGUUGAGAUCCUUUAGUACCUGGACCAAAAGACUUGUAAAAGGUCAAGAUAAAAACAUGACAGAUCUAUUAUAUUGUAUUUUAUUUUAUUUUAUUUUAUUAAGGCUGUUUCCCUGGCAGGUUUCGGGAGAAAACAUGUUCUAAAAGAUUUUGUUUUUAAAGUUAUGUAUAUAUUGCUAAUAGAAUUUUGUGACUUUUUGUGAAAGGUUUUAAGGAACCAUAUCCGGGUACGAUAUGUUAAAUUAUGUGACAAUGAAUGAAAGCUUGUUUUCAGCAUUGGGACUUUCAGCUGUGCUGUAUCUGAUGUGGAUGAGGCUCUCAAUGUAUUUAGUUGGACUUUUCUUACAAUUGAGCCUUAUAUGGUACAAACAGAUUGUCAGCCCAAAGGACAUCUUAUUAUAGCUUUCAACUUGAAUAUAAACUCAACACUGGGUAUAUCUGUAACAUGGAGUCAAGCCAUGCAGCUUUCCUGAUCACGGUGAUCUACAAUGGUGCAAUCCAGCUGACGGCCCAGAGGCUGGGGGUAGCCCUCUACAAAAGUGUGCAGAUAUGUUUUAUAACUGUGAGCUCCAGGACUUUCAAAAUCAUGGAAGUAAUUUGUUUUAUACUAUUUAUAUUCAAGCAAGUGGAGCUCUUUUGUUGAUGAUUGAUUGUUUUGAGAUGUUUUUGAAAAUUAAUAUAAUUUAUAAAAGUAAAGAUUAAAUGAAUGAGCACUAACAUGAAGUUUUUAAACAAAGAAAUUUAUUGAAAACAUGUAGCAGUACUUUAUUUUUCAUUAAUGGUAAAAUACAUUGGUCCUUUCUUAACCACUUGCCUGGCAUGGUCGCAUCAGAUGCAACCAUGCCUGCAAAUGCUUUAUCUGACCAGGUAGCACAGGAUGCGACCAUUCAGAUAAACUGUUAGCGGCAGGGAAGGGAAACUUCCCUCCGCUGCUGCUGUCAGAGGGACCGGAAAUCCAAUGUCACCGAUGUUCCGAUGGUCAAGAUGUUCCCGAUCGAUGUUUGGAAAAACUUACUGUUUUUUUUGUUUGUUUGUUUUUUACAUUUUUCUAUUUAUUUUAACUAAAAUCAUUUUGGAUAGGGUUAAAUUCAUGUUCUUCACGUAAUUCACUCAUAAAAAAGCCUGACAAUUUCUGAGUGGGUUUUGGGGAAAAAAAUUAUCAGUUAAGUGGUAAAAAUAUAACAUUUACUAUGAGAAUGAGCCUAAUUGUGCCCAGCAAACAGAUGUUGUUCUUUUAAGU